CUCAGAGAGUGAGACUGAGACUACGACGGACUGUGAGGAUGAUGCUCGAAGGGGGUUGGUCGCGCGCCUCAGAGUAACGAAAAACUGAGAACAUCGGAACGAGUUAUCCAGAUGACGAAAUGUAUAUAGCUUGCUUUCCCAAACUACUGUAGAUGCAACCGUAUUUAGUGGAACGUGAUUUGCAAACAAACUAGGUCGUUGGCUAGGUUAUUUUCCAUAUUUCAAUAGACUUGACAGCUCUUCCAAAUAAUAUGUAUGUGGUAUUUGAGAAGUACGCUAAAUAUCAGUAGGCUUCAAUCCCAUUCCAGCCGCCGUGUUGGGGAUUCCUCCAUCGACCGACUUCACAUUUGGAUUAUAGCAGGUGGAGGAAAGAACGCUAUCGCGGGAGUCGAAACUCUCCACCGCCCUCCCGAGUUAUUUUGAUACCCUGACCUGGACUGUGGCACCCCCGGAUUUAAAAGUGUUUGUCUGGCUUUGAAAAGCUAUCUGCGUUCUCAGCCCAAUGCUUGAUAUCAGGGGUUCCCCACGGCGGCUCAGCGUUCAGCAUUCAGGCAGGAUGUUCGUCUCCGUGUGGUAUGCCAAAAAAAUGGGCCGGCGGUUUAUCAACAACGUCCGGAAAAGCAAGAAGCAUCGGCACCACAUAAUGGGAAAUUCGCCUCCAGUUGUGGUGAACACUGACACACUCGACGGCUCCCCCUACGUCAACGGGACUGAGGGGGAAAUUGAGUAUGAAGAAAUUACACUGGAAAGAGGUAACUCAGGUCUGGGCUUCAGCAUAGCAGGUGGGACAGAUAACCCUCAUGUCGGUGAUGACCCCAGCAUCUUCAUCACCAAAAUAAUCCCUGGAGGAGCUGCUGCUCAGGAUGGGCGCCUGAGUGUUAAUGACAGCAUCCUGUUUGUGAAUGAUGUGGAUGUAAGAGAGGUAACCCACAGUAUGGCUGUGGAGGCUCUGAAGGAGGCAGGGGCCAUAGUUCGUCUGUACGUCCUUCGCAGGAAACCGGCCGCAGAGAAAGUCACUGAGAUUAAACUCAUCAAAGGGCCUAAAGGUCUCGGUUUCAGCAUCGCCGGAGGGGUGGGUAAUCAGCACAUCCCAGGAGAUAACAGCAUCUACGUGACUAAGAUCAUAGAGGGCGGAGCUGCCCACAAGGACCAGAGGCUGCAGAUCGGGGAUAAGAUACUAGCGGUAAACAGUGUGUGCCUGGAGGACGUGAUGCACGAGGACGCAGUAGCAGCCCUGAAGAACACGGCCGAGGUGGUCUACCUCAGGGUGGCCAAGCCAAACAACCUCUACUUGAACACCUACAAUCCCCCAGACCUCACCAGCACAUACUCCCCUCACAUGGACACAGACCUUGGCCACCCCACGUACCUUGGAUCCGAUUACCCACAAGCCCUUACUCCCACCUCGCCCAGCCGCUUCUCUCCAGUGUUGCACGGCAUGAUGGGGGAUGAAGACCUUCCCAGGGACCCCAGGAGAGUGCUGAUCCACAGGGGCUCCACAGGCCUGGGAUUUAACAUCGUGGGAGGUGAGGACGGAGAGGGCAUCUUCAUCUCCUUUAUCCUGGCGGGGGGGCCCGCCGACCUCAGCGGAGAGCUGCGCAAGGGCGACCAGAUCCUCAGUGUGAACGGGGUGGACCUGCGUAUCGCCACCCAUGAGCAGGCUGCUGCAGCCCUUAAGAACGCCGGGCAGACUGUCACCAUUGUAGCCCAGUACCGCCCAGAAGAGUACAGCCGUUUCGAAGCUAAGAUUCACGACCUGAGGGAACAGCUCAUGAACAGCAGUAUGGGCUCUGGGCAGACAACGCUGAGGAACAACCCCAAGAGAGGCUUCUACAUCAGGGCCCUGUUCGACUACGACAAGACAGCUGACUGUGGUUUCCUGAGCCAGGCGGUGGGCUUCAGGUUUGGAGAUGUGCUCCAUGUCCUGGACUGCGGAGAUGAAGAGUGGUGGCAGGCUAGACGGGUCAGUCCCCAGUCGGAGGCUGAGGAGGUCGGCUUCAUCCCGAGCAAACGCAGGGUGGAAAGGAAAGAGUGGUCUCGCAUGGGCACCAAGGAGAGGGAUCGCAGUCGGGACAGCCUCGGGUCUCAAGGGAGGGAUGAUUCUCAACACAGCUAUGAAACAGUCACUCAAGUUGAGGUCCACUAUGCCAGGCCCAUCAUAAUAUUGGGUCCCAUAAAGGACAGGGUGAAUGAUGACCUGCUGUCUGAAUUUCCUGACAAGUUUGGAUCUUGUGUCCCUCACACCACGCGGCCCAAGCGUGACUACGAGGUGGACGGGCGUGACUACCACUUUGUGUCUUCGCGGGAGCAGAUGGAGAAGGACAUCCAGAGCCACCGCUUUAUCGAGGCGGGCCAGUACAACAGCCACCUUUACGGCACCAGUGUCCAGAGCGUCCGUGAGGUGGCUGAGCAGCAGGGAAAGCACUGUAUACUGGACGUUUCUGCCAACGCGGUCCGCAGACUACAGGCUGCUCAGCUCCACCCCAUCGCCAUCUUUGUGCGGCCCAAGUCACUGGAGAAUGUCCUAGAGAUCAAUACUCGUUUGACAGAGGAGCAGGCAAGGAAGGGCAUGGACCGCGCUCUGAAACUGGAACAGGACUUCCUAGAAUGCUUCUCAGCCGUGGUGGAGGGCGACAGCUUCGAGGAGGUCUACCACAAGGUGAAGACGGUGAUCGAGGAGCAGUCAGGGCCUUACAUCUGGAUCCCCACCCGGGAGAGGCUGUGAAGACGCCUCCCCGCCCCUCAUCCCCGUGUCUCGCCGUGUCCUCCACUUCCCUCCGUCGGUCCGCCCUCCAGCCCUGCCAGCGCUCAGAGAGGCAGAGAGACGGACACCGUGAGACACAGACAAAACACACACGCAGACACACACACACACACACACAAAGGCGGAGGGACGAGUGUAGACAGCGACACAGAAUUCCACCAGAGAGGCAGGAA